AGACACUAGUUUGACUUACUUAAGACAAAGACCACAGCAAUUGUGAGUUAAGUUGUUCACAUCCACUGGGGAAGGAUCAUCUCUGUACUUCAUAGCAGCAGCAGCAGCAGCAGCAGCAGAGGAAUUUGAUGCUGCAUGUGGAAAAGAAAACAGAGUCUCUGUGGCAUAAUCAGCUCCACUGACAACUCUGGAUAGUGGAGAGAAGAAGCAGCAGGAGACCAGAGCAGCAGGAAGCCAACAUACCACUAAGAGAUAAGGCUUUAGGAGGGAACCUCAAAAAACACACCAAAAGCUCUUUCAACUUCACACAAGAAAAGGAGGGCAAAAGUAUCCCUGUUUCUAGAGAGAGGAGUUGAAGGGAUAAAGAAACAACAAAAAAAGCUUAAAGGGGAGGACGUGUGUGUCAAGGAGUGACUGGACAGCAGGAGUACUAAGGAGAAGUGAGAAAAGCAGCAACAAUCUGGAGGACGAACAGCAAGAGGUCUACAGGGCCCCACAGCACAAUUUCACUAUGAGUAUGGCUGGUACUCUAGAGAAGGGGGCCCACCACCAGGCCUUGGACCUGUCCGAGGAACUGCCGCCUCAUCACCACCAUCACCACCACAAUAACCACCACCAGCAUCUCCACCACUCCAACUCCCUGGCCUCCACCACUGCUGUGGGUGGAGGCAGAGAAACACCUUCACGUGUAGUUGUUCCUCCUCCUUAUUCUGCAGCUGACAGUGCCGGCGGGGGCAGUGAAGCGCCUCUGGAGCUGCGGGGGUCCCUGGACUGCUGGGCCUGCUCGGUGCUGGUGACGGCUCAGAACCUGAUAAUUGCCGCGAUCAACGCCUGCCUCGCUGGACUGGUGUUCGGGACCAUCCUGACACCGGCCAUCGUCAUGGUGGUGUUUGGUUUCCUCUGCCACUCUACAGUCCGCCCUCACGGGACGACCCCCUACUGCUCAGACCUGCUGACUGACGGAGGCUGCGUGGCUCUGCUGGUGGUGGGCUUCCUCUUGGUCACCCCUCUGCUGGUCCUAGCGCUGGCUGCUUACUGCCGUCUAGCCCGACACCUCCAGCUGGGCCUGUGCUUCAUCCCAUACAGCCGGGCCGUGUACAAGAACCUGCCGGCCACCCAGCACCGCGGCCUGGGCAACGGCUGCUGUGGCGGUCGAGAUGGAGCCGAUGGCAGCGGGAAGGCCAAGGUGUGGGUGUGAGAUGAAGCUGAGAGGAAAGAGGAAGGAGGGACACGACGAUUAAGACCAUUAGAUGAAGAAUAUGAAGGGAACUGAACAAGAGAACAGGGUGGGAGGUUGUAUGGGAUGACUUAGACGAUGGAUGUAUGAACACAAAGUAUAUACUAGAGAAGGGAGGAAGUUGUAAGCGGAAAUUACUGUAACAACCGACUGAACAUCCUGUAAGUCAAGUCACAUUGUUGUAAAUACUGACUAAUGACUUACACCCCAUGCCUUAAUGUCACAUCUGUGUCACAAUCUGUUAAAAAAAAUUGAGCAUUGUGUACUAAAGGUAUUUUGUUUGUUGGUAUUAUUCCACUAGACACAUUGUUAGUGUAGUUUUGACCAUGCUGUGACUUUCCACUUUCCAGUAACUUUCCAGUUACAACAUGGUUCCUUCAAGUACAGAAGUGAGUACAAACACAGGAUACAUCAUAUGUACAUCAGGUCAGAUGUAUAUUUAAUCAUUGAGAUAAGAAACAGUCUCUCUUGCUGUAGUAAAUUGAUUUGUAUGAUUUUGCUUCUACACUGCAUGUAAAUUGUCCAUUAAUUAAAACAGUCAAAAUAUCCUUACAAAGUCUGGCUGCUGGGGAUAAACUAAGCUAACUGGAUGCAUUAUUGUUGUUGUCAUUAUGAAGAAUAAAGCAGCAAAUAAGACCUAUAUACAACCUUUUCUUUUCUGAAUAAAUCGCUAGAAAUAGUAAAACUGAAAAUAGCACAUCUCACUAAGGUUGUAUUGACACUAAACAUAAUUGUACCCUAUCACAUUUAUGUUAUGAAAACAUAUUUGUCUUAUGUAGUUUUCUGUUAAGUUGUUGCCAUUUCUUAUGUUAUCUCCUUUUUAUAAAUAAAGUUUUUAGACUCA